AUGUCCGGGCUCGAGCGCAAGGCGGGCGAGCUGGGCGACGCGUUCGACUCCAGGACGCAGGCAACAGUGAAGCGCCUGAAGAGCCUCGAGAUCCGCAUGGCGACCUACGAGAGCCGAACACCGGAGGGCUCGUACGCCAGCUCCUGGGCCGAUGAGGAAGCACGGCAGCAACAGCGAGUUCUGGAGGAGCAGAUUUCGAUGACGAAGACGGCAGGAGUUCUCAAUAACAACGCGAAUGAGGAGUCUAAGAACGAUUCGGCAGUGAUCGGUGGGCUCCAGACGGUCGGGAGCAUCGAGAGGGCGAAGGCCUCUAUUGAGAACAAGCUCUGGGAAUGGUACAAGCCUCAGCCGACCGACAUCUACUCUAAAGGGGAGUUCUGGGGCAUCGCGUUCCGCAAGGCCCCGAUCAAGGAAGGUGGCAACUCCGCGUGGGCGAAAGCGGACCAGGGGGUCCACGAACGCAUCGCUGAGAUUUUCUCGGCUUACGCUCCGCGCAGUGGGUCUGAAUAUCCAGAGCGGCAAGGGUUUUACCAUGAUAUUGGGGAAUUUGUUCAGACUCAAUCUUCGCAUGGUCCGAAGUUGAUCCUGGGGGACUUCAGUGCCAGCUUGCAUGAUCGAUUCGACGACGACGCUGGGAUCAUCGGCCAACACGUGUUCCAGCACCCUGGACAAGUCGUUCGCGCUGACGCGAAUCGGCACCCAUUGGUGGAGAUGUGCAAACAGCUGAAAAUGCGUCUGUCCAACGCGUUCUUCUCCGCUCAACAACAGGACUUGGCCACGAACUACAACGUGGGGUGCCCUGUCGGCGAACCAGUUGGCCGGCGUAGGCACCCCCAGAUAGAUUUUAUUCUGCGCGCCCAGAAGUGGCUGCAUGACGUGCUCAAUGUGACCGUGCGUCGGGACAUGCCACUCUCAUCUCACCAUUUCUUGCUUCAGGCACGAGUCCACGCGAAGGUGGAGAAGACGCGCGCGGAUACGGACGGCGCCAAGGCAGACGCGUCGCAGCUGGCCGACAUCAAGACCUGGCAGCGAUUCACGGACAAGCUUGCUAACGUGCUCGAGGCUUUCGCCGACGGGGCGCCUGACCGCGACGACGUGAACCUAGCCUGGCGCCAGCUCGUAGACGGUUUCCACAACGCCUCGGAGCAGGACCGUCUCUCGGCGGACGCGGCACAGGCCUGGAAGAUCAUGCUCUGGGCUCACUGCGCUUCGAGCUCGUCGGUCGCCGUCUGGAUCCUCCGCUCGAGGUCGCCUGGCGGGGCCACUCCGUCGAGCCUGAAGUCCUUCUCUCGCUGGGAGAGGGGCAUGAAAAAUGUUAUGGUAGCGGUCGUCAUUAUCUGUGACCGCUACCGUGACGCAUUCGAGCCUCUAUUGUUCCUGUUCUAUCAGGAGCACUUCCCGGACGCGCCGCUCCCCGAGGUCGUGGACAUGUCCGAUAAGGUUGGGUUUGUCAGCCUGAAGCAGGACUUUCUGCAGGCUCCUUUUGAUACUCUCGAGAAUUCCCACCAGGCUUUCGCAUCGAAGGAGCAGUGGCAGGAGGACGCGCCGCCAGAAGAGGAGGAGGCGCCCCCCGAGCCCACUCCGGCCGCGCCCCCGGCGCGGGUGCCGCAGCUCGCCCAGUGCACGUUCCAGGCCGCCCCCGCCCCCGCGAAGCCGGCAGCCGCCCCCGCGAAGCCGGCGGCCGCGAAGCCGCGGGCGUCGCCGCAGGCGCAACCAGAGGCCACCACCAGCGGCCCGAGGGGCGUGUUCGGCCGCCUCCUCGGCGGCAGCAGCAAGGCCGCCAAGGCGCUGGCCCGACCAGCGCCGCCACAGCAGCCGGUGCAGGGCCGGAAGCUGCCGAGGCCAUCUGGCGCGGCGCCCCCGGACCUGAUCUGGGAGUGCGUCAAGCACACGUCCUCCUUCAUUCGCAGACCAGACAGGCAGAUCUUGAGAAGGCCAUUCUGUGCCGACCCUGCGAACAUGGUCGGCCUGCACGCCUUCAAGUUCAGCGGCGUGGCCGCCGCGGAGGCCCUGUGCGUCCGGCCCACCAAGAGGGGCAUCAAGGAGGGGAUCGAGCUGGUGCAGAGCCACGCCGAGCGGGCGGGCGAGCCCUCGUUCCAGCAGCGCCCGAAGUCCCUCCAAGUGACCAUGGGCCUGAGCAAGUGUCCCAGACAAGGUUUGAAGAGGCUAGACCAGGAAAUCGAAGCUAAGUUCUACCGGCGUGGGAUGCACGGCCUCGCGCGAUUGAAGUACCUGAAGGUGCAGCAGUCGUUCAAGAAGAAGAAGCGGUCCACCAAGUCGCGGCGCUCGUGAGGGCGCCGCGCGGUCGCUGCGCAGGCCAGCGGCCGCCACGUGCGGCAACCCUCAUCCUGCUCACCGUUCUCCGUGCGGGGGGGGCUCAGUGGAUGAGGAGGAGUUGCCGCGGGUGUGCUGAUCGGUUUCCUCGGUGCAAGAGGCCUUCGCUGGCCGCGUAGUGCUUAGGUGACGGCCUCUCCUCUCAGUGGCGUGGCUGGCUGUAUCACGGGCCGGCCACUGCGUGAGAUCUUCUGGGCCAGCCAGCGAAGCGCAAGGUCGCCCUUCGUGUGGGCCCGUCGUUGUAGGAUUUUUUGGCGGCAGCGCACCCUGGAGAGCUGCGAGGCCGUAAGACUCACUGCUGGCAGCCAGCAUUGUUAUGCGAUGGUCGAAGCA